AAGCCAACACAAGGGAAGCGUUCAGGUCCGCGGGAGGCUGUACCGAGUGACAAGGCCAGCGCAGAAAAACCACAGGAGGAGCUGGACGCCUCUGAACCAGAACGGGACUGGGGCUGCAGCAGUGUGAAACCUACGGCCCAGCUGCAAAGCGAGAAAGAACUGAGCUCUGCGGGUGUAAUGAGCCCCCCAAAUCUGGGGGCUGAUGCCGAUAAAUGCACUGAAAAGGGGUGCGGUGCCCCAGCAGAGAGCGAGGAUUGGCAGAACAGCAGCAGCGUGUCCUCUGUGUGGGACAGCGCUAACCUGGAGGCAGAGUCCCUUGAAGCCUGCCUGGAAAUUCCGCUUGAGGACAUAAAGGAUCUUCCUCGAACUCGGUCUGGUCUCCAGUCCUACAGAAAUCACUUGAUCAUGGAGUUGGUGUGGUUGCAACAAGCUAUCGUCAGCCGUAAAAACUAUUUGAUGCUGAAACAGAGGCUGGGGACUCCUGACCCGUAG